ACAGAUAUUAACAGAAACAUUUUAUUUGAAACGUGGUGUUGUUAAGCGCAAAGUGCUAGGAUUUCAUUAUUAUGGAGCUUUUGGUAAUUGGUUUUGAGGCGAAGCAAUGGAUCAAGAUACGAAUCUGAAUGCAUUCACGGUUUGAUCCAAAUCCUUCGAUUGUUUUGUUGAAACCGUCGUCUGCAGAUCCUUUCAAGUUACCGAGAAGAUUCGGUUUCUGGAUACCGAAAAGGGAGAAAAAGAGGGGUUUGAUUUAAGCGAUUUUCCCGAGAAAUACUCGUCGUUAAGUGAAAUCGAAAAAUCGACGUUGAAAAGCCACACAACCAACUCGACUAAGAAGGAACAAUUAAUAAGAAAAAAAUAGUUUGCUAUUUGUUGUGUAAAUUGAGCUCAAUUUAAGUAAUUCAACAAUUGAUGGGACAAGUAGUUGUUUAAACAAGGUCUCGUCAGUUCGAGUACGAUAGUCUUGUAAGGCGUUACCGCUUAGCAAGGAAUCUGUGUGACAAGUCAAGUGAGGAAAUAAUUCGCUAGUGUAUGAGAACCGGAUGAAUAAAAAUUUGAAUAACGAACGUUUACCGAGAGUGAUAAAUUUCGCCAAAACGGCUAACAAUCGAAAACUAACUUGAGGAGUUGGUUGUGUGUCGGUGGAGUGCGCCCUUAAGCAGAAGGGUUUGACUGUUUAACCGCAAAACCCGUGUGAUAAAUGGAUAUUGAAUCGUAUCAUUUGCAAAAUAAAAUGUUAACAAUAAAUAAUAGCUUGCUCCAAAAUCACCGUCAGCGAGAAACGACUGGAAUCAAGAAAUUGUAUAAUUCCUUUUUUGUUAUGUUCUAAAAAAAUCGUGAGGGUUUGAGAUUAAUCCAGGACUGCGUUAUUCGGUCGAACGAAAGUAGCUAGAUUCAAAUAUAUAUUUUUUUUAAUCCGGAGAUUCCGGCUCGCGGCAGUUUUUAUAUAGUAUGGAUUACGAAUUGUAUGACAACUCGGACAUUUUGCUGAACGGUGAUAAACCCAGUAUCUCGAAAAGUUCAUGGAACAUACCCAGUGACGGUAGUAUGGAUAAUAACGACGAGUAUUUCGAUUGGAACCCUCUCAAAAUCGACGAGGAACAUGUCGAAAACGCACAAGGCCCAAGAACAAGAAAAAGAAAACUAACAGCAAUAGAAGCAAGUCCUUCCAAAGUCAAACAGAAUUUCAAAAAUGUACAAGAUCCUCUAGCGAUUGAUGAAAAACAACAGAACCAGAAAAAGACACAAAAUGGCACUGUCAGGAUGCCCACGUGGCAGGUCGAAGAUAUGACAGAAUUAAACGGAGACAUCGACAGUUCUCUAAGUUUGGGUUCCGACUUGGCCAACAAUUCCUACAACGUCAGUGAUGCCAUACUGUCCAUUUCCGGUUUGACGGUCUUUAAGCAGGAAGCCCCCUCCCCUACAAAUAACGAUGUAUCACAACUGCAAAUCGUGCGUCAGAAUCGCCAAAGCCCCACCAGCACCCAGCAAAUGGUCCAUAAUGGGACUCUCGAGGAGACAACCAAUCAAAACAUGAUCAACAACACCAUCAAUCAAUUACUAACCCAAUCAGCUUACACUAAUUUACAAAAUGCGAUCGAUGCUAAUCUUGUUUCGUCGCCCAAUUCGCAGGACAAUUACAACGUGACUUCCACUAAUUACAGUUUCGCGGAGGAUUGCCGAUUUCAAUACGUUUUGGCUGCGGCGACUAGUAUAGCGACGAAAGUCAACGAGGAUACUUUGACUUAUCUCAAUCAGGGACAGAGUUAUGAAAUCAAAUUGAAAAAAUUGGGCGAUUUGUCGAUGUAUCGGGGGAAGUUGUUGAAGUCGGUUAUUAGGAUGUGCUUCCAUGAACGGCGACUGCAGUAUAUGGAAAAGGAGCAAAUGGCAGCGUGGCAAAGGGCACGACCUGGAGAUAGGAUUUUAGAAGUUGAUGUGCCGCUGUCGUAUGGCGCUUUUGAUAUUGUGCAGCCGUCGAAUGCAUUAAAUAUUAUUCAUUUUAAUUGGGAUCCUACUAAAGAAGUUGGGGUUUAUAUUAAAGUGAAUUGCAUAAGCACCGAAUUCACCCCAAAAAAGCACGGCGGCGAAAAGGGUGUCCCAUUUCGCAUCCAAGUCGAGACUUACCAAAACGGCGAUAAUCUCGACUCUUCUGUUCGUCUUCAUGCCGCCGCCUGUCAGAUCAAAGUUUUCAAAUUGAAAGGCGCCGAUAGAAAACACAAACAAGACCGGGAAAAAAUCAUGAAACGGCCUUUAUCCGAACAGGAAAAAUACCAACCGAGUUACGAAUGCACCGUUUUGAAUGACAUACCCAACGAUGCCGUACUGAAUUCGCCCCCGAUAGCCCCCAUUUCUGCAGUUGAAAGUGGGAGUCAUCAUCAUGGAUUGAGCAAGAAGGAAGCGAGUGUUGAGACUAGUGCGCAAGGGAAGACAAAUGUAGGAGUUGCACCGCCCCUGGAUAACACCGACAGGAAAAUCACCGAGUCUAAUAAUACUACUUCAAAUAAUCAUUUGUCGUCGCACUCGACUCCAGAAGAAACCACGGCUUGGUUAGUGAGUAAUCGUUUCGGCAAGUAUCUCGAAACUUUUGCAAACUUCUCAGGAGCUGACAUGUUACGCAUGUCCAGGGACGACCUUAUUCAGAUUUGUGGACAAGCUGAUGGAAUUCGGUUUUAUAACGCAAUUCAUUUAAAAACCAUAGCACCGAAAUUGAAAAUUUACGUUUGCCGUCAAAACACUUCAAUUUUCAAUGCUGUAUUCUUAUCGAGUCACAGCAACGUGGAGUUGCUGGAGAAGUUGUCAGAGUUAAUGGGAAUUUCCCAAGAUCAGGUACGGGAUAUUUAUUUAGAAGGGCCACAUUCAAUUCAUGUGCAAUUAAAUAAUGAUGUUAUUCGUCAUAUUAAAGAAGAAACUAUGUUUUCGGUUGAAAUUUUACAAGAAAAUGGUAAUUUUGUUUUUCUUUUAAAACGUACUGUGAAAUAAGAGACAAAGUGGUGUGCCUCUAUAUGUGUGAUUCUCAAUCAUACUCAGUGUCUUAUUUGUAUGCCUUAAAUAAUUUAGGUCAUAUUGCAUGAAAAUAGUGUUAUCUCAGGUUUAACUAAAGUGUGCAACAAGUGUUUUAAGUAUGUAUUUGAGAUUUUAUUAUGUUUAGUUUUAUUUAUAUUUUAAUUGAUGUUGCUUACUCUUAUUUUUAAAGCUUAUUUUGUUAAUUGUUAGAUGAUAUUUGAUACGUAUUAUGCAUUGUUAGAAACGAGAAUGAAUUAAUAUUUUUUGAUGUACAAAUUAUAUCGAUAAUUUUUAGCUCUGGUUCUAACUUUCUUGUGUGUAUAGUAGGGUGGGUAAUAAGCAUGAAAUAAGUUUAUUUUUAAAUCCAUAAUGUGCCUUGAUAUAUUCUGCAACAGAGUGUAAUCAGAGUGCCAUAAAGAAAUAUAGCCAGUUUUAAGCAUUUA